UUCUUUAGUUUGAAAAUUUGUGUGAUUCAAAAACAAAUUAUAUUUUUUAUUUGUCUGCCUUGAGUAAGUAUAUAAAACAAAUACAUAAUAGCAAAAAUCUUUAACAAAUAUUAAAAUUUUUAUUGCAAGUUAAUUCGCAGUAAAUCAUCUUGAUAUAAUAUCCACAUGCUGGGCAUCUCUUCCAACAAAGUUUACAUGCCUAAAAAAAGUUGCACUUGCUCUUUUAUCUGCAUUUGGAUCAAGUUAUAAUUGUGAACAAACAUUUUCACAAAUGAAGUAUAUAUUAAAUAAAAACAGGAGUAGUUUGACUACGGAGCAUUCUGAUGAAUGUGUCCGACUUAAGGUAUCAACAUAUGAACCAAACUUGUCCAAAUUAACUGCAACAGCACAGCAUCAUGGAAGUCACUGAUUUUGAAUUUAUAAUAUUAAAUAUUGGUUUUGUUAUUUUUUGAUUUAUUUUUAUUACAUGUGUAUUGAAUUUAUUUCUGUUAUGUUUCUAUUUAUUUUAUAUAUAAUAAAUGAAUUAACUUUUCGUUUAACUAUUCUUUUUAAUUGCUUUUUUAUAAAAUUGCCGCUGACCCGCUAUGAGUUUAAAAAAAUCUGAUUUUUGACCAAUUUUACCCACGACCAAAAAAGUUUGCCGACCACUGACGUAAAUAAAUAAAUAAAUCACUUACAUGCACAUACCUAUUAUAAUCAAAAAGGAGCCCUAAAGUAUAAAGGAAAUAUAAAAUAAUAUAUGCAUACUAAGUCAAAAGGAACAAUAUGGAAAAACCUAAAGCAAAAUGUGCCGAAAUUUAUCACAUAAAUUCUCGUCUAGAAAUAAUAUGCACCAUUUGCUCAGAAAGCUAUGAACGGAUACAUAAUUUUUGUAGUCAUUUAAUAAAAAAACAUUUUAAUCUCGAAGAUCAAGACUUUUUGGGAAAUUUUUUGGAAAAAAGCGAAGAAUCAGCUUAUCAGAAGUUACCCCUUGAAAUUGAAUUAAAUAAUGAUGAAAAAAUGUGAAACUCACAAUGAACAUCAUAUGGAAAAUAAAAUAAAUAUUGGUAAAUUUAAUUGUGAAGAUAGUUCUUUUAAUCAAGACUGUGAAAAUACGAAUUCAAAAGACAAUCGAAAUUGUGAAAGAGUUCAAACAAGCAUUGAUAGUAUUUAUCUCAAUGUAAGCAGUAAUGAACAUGUAGGAAGCAAAGAUAGAUUAGAAAAAGUAGAUUCUGAUAUAAGUGAUGCAUAUUUUCAAUAUGUGAACACGGACUUUGAAAAAUUUGGCCAAGAAGUGGACAUUUUUGGCGAAACCUCUGCUCGAAAUAUAUUGCAGAAUCAAUGCGUCUCGCAAAGUAAUUCUAUCAUGCAACCAAAUGGUAAGGAAAAAAAUAAAAAAGCCGAAACUUUUGUUGAACUAGAAUGUGGAAACUUCUAUUGUACCAUAUGUGGUAAUAAAAUAACCAAAUUUAAUGUGAAGAAACAUGAUCAUAGUCGAUAUAAACAUCAAUGCAACAUUUGUUAUAAACUAUUCAUCUCAGAUAUUAGUUUGUCCCUCCAUUCCCGUAAUUAUCAUAAAGAGCAUAAUGCUCUCGAAAAAAUCCUUUGUGAAAUAUGUGGAGAAUCAAUAUUUAAAUCUAAAUUGAACUAUCAUUUAAAACUUCAUGAUGAAUCUCGUUAUUUAUUCCAAUGUGAUUUAUGUAAGAAAAAGUUUAUGUCACAAAAUCGUUUAAGAAAUCAUACCAAAGUUAUUCAUACAAAAAAAUUUACUUCAAAUAAAUAUAAAUGGAUAAAGAAAAAUUAAUUGUUUAAAGCCAAUUCCAUUAAUUUAUAUUUAUGCAAGUAACUAUCGAUAUAUUUUUGUAUAACUAUUUGUAAAGGUUCACUGCGCGGAAUCACACAAAUAGAUUAAACCACGUAUAAUUUAAACUCGACUUCUCUUUCCUUAUAAAGAGGAACAAAGAAUAAAUCUUAGUUUCACACAUUUUUUAAUCGCAUUAAUAUAAUUUAAACGUGCUUUGAUUUUAUUGCAUAGUAAAUUCUUACAACUUUACUCUGGAAUAAAUAACUAAAAAAAU